AUGAAGAUCAACGUACGGGUCGUCGACCUGCAGGACGAUAGCCAACACACGGUCAUAGUGGAGUCAUGGGAGACGGUGAAAACUGUCAAGACUCUGAUCGAAGAGAAGACGGGUAUCCCUGGACCAGAGCAGCAUUAUUAUCUUGGAGAUCAACUGAUCGAGAACUCGAUGCCAACAGAACAGUUGCGGAAACGAGCACAGCUGGAGGGCCGGCUCCCGCCCGACGACGGUGACGGAGUAAAUCUGGUGGAGGUAAAGAUGUAUGCGGGCAAGGAACCUAUAAAUUUCCACGAUCUUUUCUUUCAAGACGUUAUCAAAAAGCUCCAAACUCACGAGAGGAUAAUGAAACAUAUAACCGUUCGGUUACGCAAGAAAGACGACGACACAAAGUACUAUUUCUAUGUCGACAUCGCGUUUCUGACCGCUGAGACUCUCAAGGCGGAUCUGAUCAAGAGACUUGGACCAUCAUCUUUAACGGGAUUGACCGCUGACAACAUUUUAAUGUAUAUCCGACAAGAACAGCCCGGACGCCCGCUAGAGGGGCUGCAAAUACGCGAUUGCAUCGGAACGCGGAGGGCAAUCGAAAUCGAAGUCUAUCCCAUGAACCCAGAAGUUCAUGUCGUGUGCAAAGUCAAGAAAUGGGGAUUAUGCACCCAAGAACAAUUCACUAUCAGAAUCCAGGACCAUCUUCUGCUCAACGAUCUGAAAGAAAUAUUGGUCACCCGCCUCCGAAACUUGACAAAUCCUAAAAUUCUACAUCGGGACUACACUGUGGGCGGCUUGAAGUUCAAAUUGAACGGCAUAUCCAUCAAUCCAACCAGCGAAGCGUCUCUGAAACGGAAGUAUGGAAUACCUGCGGGAGAAUUGUGGCUCCGCGCCUUCAACCUGAACGAAGGCUCCCUUGUUGUCAUUUCUUUGUGA